AUGUUCACCACUUCGACUUAUAUACCUUAAAAUCUUCUUUUCUAAGGUCCUAAUAAAGGUAUAUUGUUAUAUAUACAUAUAUUAAGUUGAAAGUGGUAUAGGGCAAAAUGAAAAAAGAAAAGCAAUAGAUCAUUAUUCAUAUGCAAUAGAUUAGGAAAUAGGUAAAGGAUUCAGUAGUAGAGUAUAUAAAGGAAGAGAUGAAAGAACCUUAGAGAACGUAGCUAUUAAAGUACAAUAAUAUCUUUGUUUUAGGUGAUUGACAUGAAGAAGUUGAAGUAAUCAAUACAUACACAAUUAUUAAGAAAUGAAAUCAAAGCAUUGAAAUCCUUCAAUCACUAAAAUAUUCUUAAACUUUUUGAUGUAUAUUAAACUGAAAAUAAUACUUAUAUAAUCACAGAAUUUUGUGAUUCGGUAAUUAUCCUGUUUUUAUGAAGGGAGAUCUAGAAAAAUUUUUACGAAAAAAUUUAAAAAUCAAAGAACUAGAAGCUAUUAGAAUAUUAUAGGCAAUAGUUCAUGCAAUUAAUGAAAUAAACAUUAAAGGUUUUAUUCACAGAGAUAUUAAACCAGCUAAUAUACUUUUAAGCGGAAAUCAACCAAAAUUAGCUGAUUUUGGAUUUGCUAUACCUAUUUGGUAAGCUAGAAUUUAGUAAAGAAAUAUCAAUGUAGGUACUCCUUUAUACAUGUCACCAUAAGCACUAGGAUAGUAGGAUUAUUCAGAAAAAGGAGAUGUAUGGGCUGUAGGAGUCGUAUAUUUUGAGAUGCUUUUUGGUAAAACAUUUAAAAAUUUAAUUAGGUAGAACACCGUUUAUAGCUUAAUCAGAAGCAGCACUAUUAUAAAAUAUACUUAAUUAAUAAUUAAUUAUACCUUAAACACCAUUAGUUUCAGAGUUAUCAAAAGAUUUCAUUAAAAAAUGCUUAUAAAAAGAUGAUUGUUCAAGAUUCAAUGUAAAAGAUAUGUUUGAACAUAAAAUUAUAUAAUCAAAAAGUUUUUAAUAUAAUUUUUUAUAGGAAGAUCCUUUUUAAGAUAUAACUAAUAUUACUUAAUCUAUUAACAACUCUUAAAUAAAGAAGAAUAAAAGAAGUUAAACUUAAAAUUUAAAAAGAAAUUCUAACAAAGAUUAUAGCACUCUUUAAAUUGAUUUAGAAGGACGCAAUGAAAAAUAAUAUGUUUAGUAAGAAGUAAGUUAAAGAUCAUCAAGUUAAAAUUAGAUGUAGUUACCANCACCACUUCGACUUAUAUACCUUAAAAUCUUCUUUUCUAAGGUCCUAAUAAAGGUAUAUUGUUAUAUAUACAUAUAUUAAGUUGAAAGUGGUAUAGGGCAAAAUGAAAAAAGAAAAGCAAUAGAUCAUUAUUCAUAUGCAAUAGAUUAGGAAAUAGGUAAAGGAUUCAGUAGUAGAGUAUAUAAAGGAAGAGAUGAAAGAACCUUAGAGAACGUAGCUAUUAAAGUACAAUAAUAUCUUUGUUUUAGGUGAUUGACAUGAAGAAGUUGAAGUAAUCAAUACAUACACAAUUAUUAAGAAAUGAAAUCAAAGCAUUGAAAUCCUUCAAUCACUAAAAUAUUCUUAAACUUUUUGAUGUAUAUUAAACUGAAAAUAAUACUUAUAUAAUCACAGAAUUUUGUGAUUCGGUAAUUAUCCUGUUUUUAUGAAGGGAGAUCUAGAAAAAUUUUUACGAAAAAAUUUAAAAAUCAAAGAACUAGAAGCUAUUAGAAUAUUAUAGGCAAUAGUUCAUGCAAUUAAUGAAAUAAACAUUAAAGGUUUUAUUCACAGAGAUAUUAAACCAGCUAAUAUACUUUUAAGCGGAAAUCAACCAAAAUUAGCUGAUUUUGGAUUUGCUAUACCUAUUUGGUAAGCUAGAAUUUAGUAAAGAAAUAUCAAUGUAGGUACUCCUUUAUACAUGUCACCAUAAGCACUAGGAUAGUAGGAUUAUUCAGAAAAAGGAGAUGUAUGGGCUGUAGGAGUCGUAUAUUUUGAGAUGCUUUUUGGUAAAACAUUUAAAAAUUUAAUUAGGUAGAACACCGUUUAUAGCUUAAUCAGAAGCAGCACUAUUAUAAAAUAUACUUAAUUAAUAAUUAAUUAUACCUUAAACACCAUUAGUUUCAGAGUUAUCAAAAGAUUUCAUUAAAAAAUGCUUAUAAAAAGAUGAUUGUUCAAGAUUCAAUGUAAAAGAUAUGUUUGAACAUAAAAUUAUAUAAUCAAAAAGUUUUUAAUAUAAUUUUUUAUAGGAAGAUCCUUUUUAAGAUAUAACUAAUAUUACUUAAUCUAUUAACAACUCUUAAAUAAAGAAGAAUAAAAGAAGUUAAACUUAAAAUUUAAAAAGAAAUUCUAACAAAGAUUAUAGCACUCUUUAAAUUGAUUUAGAAGGACGCAAUGAAAAAUAAUAUGUUUAGUAAGAAGUAAGUUAAAGAUCAUCAAGUUAAAAUUAGAUGUAGUUACCAUAAUAAAAAUUAAAGCAUUCUUUAAAUACAUAAUUAAAUAAUAAUAAUAAUAAUAAUAAUAAUAAUAAUAAUAAAAUUCAAUAAAAUCAUUAAUUAAGUGCUUAAUUUAAAGCUAAUAAUGAAAUUCUGUUAUUUUAUUUAAACUAUUGUAGAUACUUAUUUAAGUUUUCAUUACAUUUAGCCAAUUCUAAAAUUUUUUAAUUUGAAAUCAGAGAUAAGAUUUUGCUUAUCUUAGGAAAAUGUAUAGUCAUUAAAAUCUGUUAAUUAUCUUAAAUUUUAAAUAAAGAAAAUAAACUAGAUAAUUAAUUUUAGCUUUUAGAAUAUGAUAAAUACAAACAAAGUGAAUAAUAUAAUGAAUUUUGUUCAGCAAUUUCUGAAUAUUAAAUAAAAUAUAUGAAGCAUUUUUAGAAUACUUUGGUAUAAGCAAUUAAAAAUAGUAAAUUGUUUUUAUUUUAAUUUAAGAUUUUUAAAUAGAUCCAAUAAUUGGUUCUUCUUGUAAUGAUUGUUUAAAUGAGAGUAAUACUGUUUAUGAAAUAGCUUUAUAUUAUUUAGAUAUGGGUCUUAAUAAAUUAUUAUUAAAUUUAAAUUAAAUAACAGUAUUAAGAUAAUCUGAUAAGUUAAUAAAUUGUGAAGUAAAAAUUUAAUAAUUUUAGCCAAAAUAAAUUUUAUUUAUUAUUGAAGGAUUGAAUAAUUGUAAAGAAUUAAUUAUGAUAAUUUAAUAAUGUAAAUACGAUUUUGGAAAAUUGUAAAAUAGAUUCUCAUUUGAUAGAAUAAUGAAACAAAAAGUAGAUCCAAUUAAUUAUAAUUUAUCAGAAUAAUUAAGUUAAAAUCAAUUUUGA